AUGAUAACUACACCUAAUCUCAUUGACUCUAAAUUUUAUGAGUUAAAAAAUGGCACUCAUUCAAUCAUAUCAGAAUAAGAAGAAUUCAAAUCAAUUUUACUUAAAUUAUGGAUCUAAAUCUCGAAAUCUUUUAAUGAAGACUUUGAAGAAAUCUUAUAACUUGGCAUCAAUUCAGAUAUUUAAGAUAUUAUGAAUGCUAUACUUAUUAUCGAAGAGGCACGAUUAGAACAAAUUAAAGUAUAAAUUUAUUUUAUAUUAUUUAGAGCGAUAGAUUAUAGAUUUAACUACUCGAAAAUGAAAUCAAAGCUAUUAAAUUAUAAAUUAAUACAAACUCUUAAAAUGAUGAAUUAAAAGAAGCUUAAAAAUAAUAUAGAGAAUUAAGUGAACUAGUAAUUUCAUUAAAAUAAUUAAUUGAACAAAAAGAUCGUUCCAUCUUAGAACAAACAUAAAUAAAUAAAAAACUUUAAGAUGAAAUCAAUCUACUAACAUCUAAAAUUAAUAAUUUAUCUUUAACAUUGAUUUAGUCUAAAGAAGAUAAAAUCUAAUAUAUGGAACAAUCAUAAAAAUAAAUUAAAUAAAUGAUGGAUAAAGAUCUAUAAUAAACCAAAAUAAUUUAGAUACUAUAGAUCUAAAAAAUUGAAUUGGAAAACAAUCUCAAAAAGUUUAAUCAAAGAAAUUCUAUUGAAACAUCUAACCAUUAGGUAUCUCAAAUUUAACGAGAAGAGGAUCAAGCAAGAAUUUUGAGUUGUUCACCAAGUACGAUAUCAACAUAUAUUAAGGAACUACUCAUAUUGAUUUUUCUAAAAUUGUUUUAUAAAGUCUCCAAAACAAAAAAGCUGAAAUGGUUUCAGGAUAAUCGCUUUCAUAAAUCCCAUACAGAUUUGGAAAAUGA